UUUUCUUAACUAGUACAAGACAUACCGAAUACAAAAAAAAAACGUAUUGAUCAAAUUGGCUAUAUCAACCUUCUAGUUAUGUGAUAUUUUAACUCCGGAGCCCUUAAGAGAAAAUCAAAAUUUUUUAUGUUAAUUUAAUUACCUAUAUUUACAUAUUUUUUUAUUAAAAUGUUGCGUUUGUUAAUUUCGAACUGUGGAAAAAACGAGAUUCAUAGGACAAUACUGAAUAUAUCCAGAUUUCCUAGUAAUAAUUUACCUAACACUGCCAAAGAUAUAAUUAAAUCAUUUAAAAUAAACAAAAAUUUUACAAAAAAUAUAAAAAAUCGUAAAAAUACAGAGAAUGUUGGACGAUCGAAUACGAAACAAAUACUUUUAAGUGGAUUCGGUAUUUCCCUUGGGCUAGGUGCCAAGGUUGGAAACAGAUUUUUUGUACAUUGUGAAGCAGAUCGUUUAUCUGGUGUCAUACAGACUGGAAUUGAUGAACAUAAGGAUGUUAAAUUUGAUUGGAAAAAAUUUUGGGAAUAUUUAAAGCCAUAUUUUUGGGAAUUACUUGGAGCUAUACUUUCAGCUUUAGCUGUAGCAUACUUUAACAUUAAAAUACCGAACCUAUUGGGAGAUCUUAUCAAUACAUUAGCAAAAUAUGCUAACACAUUCGUAAAAGAUCCGCAUUCUAAUACAUUCCUUAGUGAUGUUAGUCGCCCAGCAGCUAAUUUACUUGGCAUAUAUGUUUUGCAAUCAUCUUUUACAUUUUUAUAUAUUUUAUUACUGAGCAGAAUAGGGGAAAAAAUGGCUGCAAAAAUACGUCAAGAUUUAUUCAAACAAAUCAUCAUUCAGGAUUUAAGUUUUUUCGAUAAGAAUAGAACUGGUGAACUAGUGAAUCGACUUACGGCUGAUGUUCAGGAUUUCAAAUCAAGUUUUAAACAAUUCAUAUCUCAAGGUCUUCGAAGUGCUGCUCAAUUAAUUGGAGGUGGUGUUUCAUUAUUUCUUAUAUCACCCCAUAUGGCUUUUAUUGCUAUAGCAUCUGUGCCAUUAGUGGUAACUUUUAUGACUUAUCUAGGUAGAAAGCUUCGAGAGUUAAGUAAAAAAUCACAGGCCCAAUCGGAACGCGCAACAUCAGUUUGUGAAGAAGCUCUAUCAAAUAUUAGAACUGUAAGAGCUUGCGCAUCGGAAUUCACUGAAUGUGAAUUAUUUAAUAGAGAAACUAAUAAUGCUGCCGAGCUAUCGCAACAAUUAGGUUACGGUAUUGCAAUAUUUCAAGGUUUAACUAAUUUCUUCUUAAACAGUAUGGUUUUAACAACUUUAUUUUUGGGUGGUCACUUAAUGUCAACAGAUAGUCUAACGCCAGGACAACUGAUGGCAUUUCUUGUUGCCACUCAAGGGGUACAACGAUCUUUAUCACAAGGAUCUAUUUUAUUAGGUACAAUGGUCCGAGGGAUGACAGCUGGCAAUAGAAUAUUUGAAUAUUUAGCUGUACAACCCGAAAUUGAUAUAGUUAAGGGUUACACAAUUCCACCUGAUAAUUUAAAAGGAGAAAUUAAAUUUGAAAAUGUGUCAUUUUAUUAUCCUACAAGAAGUGAUCAACUUAUAUUAAAAGAUUUUAAUUUAACAUUAAAACCUGGUGAAACAAUAGCUUUAGUUGGUGCUAGCGGCUCUGGAAAAUCCACAAUAGCUGCCCUUUUAGAAAGAUUUUAUGAACCAACUGGUGGAACAAUAAAAAUUGAUGGCUAUAACAUAAAAUACAUAUCUCCGUACUGGUUAAGAACAGAAGUUAUUGGUUUCAUAGAACAGCAACCUGUUUUAUUUGCAACUUCAGUACUUGAAAAUAUUCGAUAUAGCCGUCCUAAAUCUACUGAAGAGGAGGUUAUGGAAGCAGCGAAACUUUCACAAUGUCAUGAUUUUGUAAGUUCUUUACCUGACGGAUACGAUACAAAUGUUGGUGAACGUGGUAUUCAAAUGAGUGGAGGCCAACGACAAAGAAUAGCUAUUGCUCGUGCUCUAGUUAAAGAACCAAAAGUAUUAAUUUUAGAUGAAGCAACAAGCGCUUUAGAUGCUUCAAGCGAAGCUGAAGUACAAAAAGCUUUAGAUUCAGCUAUUAUUAAUAGAACUACAUUAGUUAUUGCUCAUAGGCUUUCGACAAUAAGAAAUGCAGAUUUGAUUGUUGUACUAGAUAAAGGAAAAGUUGUGGAGAUGGGAAAACAUGAUGAAUUAAUGUUAAAAAGAGGAUUAUAUUACGAUUUAGUUAGACAACAGGAAAAACAAGAGAAGAAGGAAAAUAAAAUCGAAAAUGUUACCACUAAUAUUUUGCCACCACAAAAUGAUGAUAUUAACAGAGAAAAUCGACAACAAGGGUGAAAUUUUAACAAAGCUUUAAUAAAAAUUGUUUAAGAAAUAAUUUAAUUGUAUUAAGUUAAAAGUUUUUUUUACAUUUUAAAAAAAUAAUUUACUUUGUACAUAAGUAAUACUUACAUGUACUGAAGUGGUCAAUUUUGAAUAUUUAAAUUUGCUGUAAAUAAAUAAAUAGGUACAAAGUACAUAAAAAAAAAAUAUAUUGUAUAAUAAGGUGUAAACCUACAUAGUUAUAUAAAUGUGUUAUAUUUUAUUAUCAAACCU